UCAUUACAAUGUGGAAGCCUAAGUUUAAAUCGGGUUGCUGUGAGAGAUUCUGAAGAAGCUUUCCAAAACAAAAAGUAUUGUAAAUUCAGCAAAUCUGCAUUCUUUAAUCGUGAUGAAAUUCGACUAAUGAUGCGGCAGAUCAGCUGGUGAAAAUUAGUAAAAAAAAUGGCAUAGAGAAACUGAAUCGAUGUUUCGUUGCAUGUGGGCUGCAGAGACUGACUUUACGUGAAGUCCAAUUUUUGAGAAAAUACAAUAAGGUGAUGUCUCUUUUAGCACGCUCCUUGGAUAUUCUACAAGGUGAUACCACUAUGUAUUUGGGCUAUCUGCUUCCUGUGAUUGUCCCACUGAAAAGUAAAUUACAACAACUAAAGUACGAUGGACUGAAAUUCUGCGAUCCUUCAGACAACAGUAUCCUCAAUGGAGUACAGGAUCGAUUUCAAGCUCUUUUCAAUCGAUUUUAUUUGAUUAAUGCAGCUUGUUUACACUCGAAGUUCAAAUUUGAUUGGAUAACUGAGCAAUCUGAAAAAGAUCCAUGCAUGCAAAGAAUAGAACGACUACUAAAUCUAAAUAUUAUUUAUACGAAGAAGAACCAGCGAGAAGAAAGAAGCUCCUGAGAGUUUUUUCAAUUUUCCUAAAUGUUAGCAACAAGAAGAAGAAUGUCAAGAACUGAAAGACUACUUGUCAUCAAACUAUGAAUCCUUGAGUGUAUUGGAACUAUUUCCGGAUUCAAAAAGAUUAUUCAUUCGAUACAACACUACUCUUCCUAGAAGUGCCUCUGUUGAAAAGCUAUUCAACAUCGCAGGUCUCGUGAUGAAUCCUCGAAGAUCGAAGUUGGGAGAUCAGUCCUUUGAAAAACAGCUGCUCUUGAAAAUCAACUAGAACUAUUAUUAAG